AUGAGUGUUCCAACUAGUUACCAGGGACUGAGGGUCAAUGUUGACAGAGGAGAAAAGAUUGGAAGUAAAACCCAGAUCCAGUUCAGUCAGCCUGGAGAUGAUAACGCCAAUCAGUUGUCUUCGAUCAGUAAUCAAGAAGGUAGAGAUUUGGUUGAAGACUCGGGGUACAGCGCAAGCUCCAUUCCUCCUUUAGUUUCUCAGAGUGAAUCCCCAGACAAGUUAGUAAUCUGGGGCUCAGAGCAGCAAUGCAUGGAGCCUGACCUCAGACAGUUUGAGCUUUUGGAGCGGCAGGAGAUACAUACAUUCUUGGGAAACAGAAGUCAGGAGGAAAAUGAGGAGGAAGACGAUGGAGGAAGUAUAAGGGAUGAAAAAGAUGAAGGUCCCAUGUCCAUUUCCUCCAGUUCAACUGCCAGCUCUGCUUCGACUGGCGUGCGAAGAAAUGACAACGACAGCAACAAAGUGGAGAGCAGAAUACAGAGGGGCAAAGAGGUGCAGAAAAGGAUUGCCUGUCAUAGCACUGAAGAGCUUGACACAUGUGUGACGGGUUCAAUUGAGAAAAGGGACACCAGGUCAGGCAGGGAGAGACGGAAGGGAGGUCUGAAGGAGUCCAAGUCUGAGACAAAUGUGUUUGUCUCCAGUCUGUCAGCUGUAGCUCUCAGUGGCAGCUUGUCUAGUGCUUUGGAUAGUAGUGGAGAAACAACUCUCGUCUCUAUGUCCAAGACCAACCCUUAUCCCAAUACCAACAACACUACCUCAGCCCACACCAGAAGAAGGGCAGCCCCUCUAGAUGCCAAUCAGAAUUCUCCACCAACGCAUGUUCAAGAAAAACAUGGCUGUCCUCAAUACUGCAGCCAGGAUCAGAGAAAUGAGGAAGGAAGUCAUCACAGAAAUGGAUUGUCCUCUGAUGGGGGGGUGGGUCAAAGGAGAAAGGCUGGAUUUGACGACAGAGUUCUGCCCCCACGACGGCAACAGCUCGUCAGACCUCUCUGUCAGACAGAGAUGGGAAGGUCAAGGAGCUUAGCAGAGGCCCAUUCUCAUCAAAUCGAGACAGUUACGCCCUCAUCCCUUCACCAUUCUCCAGAUUCACACAGUAAUGGGUCAAACAGGAAGUUUACAAGAUCAUCUUUACGUGAACCAUCGGAUUUCUCCCAUCUCUACAACACAUCCAUAGUCUCCCAGCUUCGACAGCCCGGCCAGGCAUCCCAGAGGGAGGCUUCACCAGCGGAUAAACAACCAGCAACAACUGCACGGCAUAGCUCCAGUCCAUCGAACCCUUCCACCUUAGAGAAGAGACCCCAGACUCAGCUCACAUAUAGAAGAAACUGCUCCAGUCCCAACAGGACUGGCGUUGACUCCAGGUCAUCUACGCCUCCCCACUCCCCUCUCAGGACACCCCAGGGCUCACCACGCAGGCAACCCUCCAUGUACCUCAUUUCCAGGAAUGUCUCUGGAGUGGUUCGACACAUCCCAUCAGGAUGCAACCCUGCUGUACCAACAUCAGCUCAGGGCUAUGGCAACAGUUGCUUGAGAGCACCAGUCAAAACUAAUAUAAGCACAAGUGGAAUCCCCAAAGCGCCUCUUAACAACCAGCAGAGCUCCCCCAACUCUAACCACAACUCCCCCAAAGAGAGCUCCCCAUCACCCAAACUGAAGCCUAAAGGAGUUCGGCCCAAAAUCAUUACCUAUGUCCGAAAGAAUCCUCAGUUCAAGCCCCAGGCUUCUGACGGUCCUUAUCAGGUAUCUUCUCUACCAUCCAGGCUGUCUACAUACACCCACAGCCAAACACCCACAUCCUUCAAAGACACACCUAAAGAUCCCUCCAAGCCUGACGCAGAAACCCGAGGAGCCCCAGUACUUAGUGCCUCCAAUCUGCUGUAUGACAAGUACCGCCAAGAGAUGCAAGCGAACAGUUUCCCGUCAGGAAUGAUGAGCAGGAAUAUCAGGGCCCACACUGCACCCCCGAAACUGGGCAGCAAAGCAGACAACUUCUACGGGACACCAUCAGAGGUGGGAAGAUCCACCAGUUUUAAAGGCAGCUCUCCUGAAGAUGCACUUCAGGCCAGGACGGCUGCUCAGGCUGGAGGGAGCGGCAGCCUCUUGCGCUCUGGCCGAGGUCUGCGUCUGGGCCUGGGAGCCGUCGCCAGGACGACUACAGGCUCAGCCAAGGGCCGAGGACCGAGUCAAGGCCAGAGGUCAACACUGGUCUUCAGCCAGCCAGUCCAACCUGUCAGCCCAGCGACCAGUCAGAAAGGCCAAGAUAACACCGAUGACCAGGUCUUUACCCAUCACGCCCCUGCCGCUCCUCCUCCUGCCCCGACGGCAGCAGCCCAGCCUCAGGCUGCAGCCUCCAGGUCUCUGCUUCCCAAAGCGAGCCAGUCGGGCCUGCGUCCCCCAGGCUACAGCUCCAGCCGCCUCCCCGCCGGCCGCCUGGCAGCUUUCGGCUUUGUCAGGAGCUCCAGCGUCUCCUCCGUCUCGUCCGCCCACUCUGCUGACAGCACACAGAGUGACCCCUGCAGGACAGCUCACCGUGAGUCAGCUCAUGUGAGCGAGGAGCCUCCUCUUCACAGAGUGACCACAGGCCCUGCGUCGACAGAUCACCAGAGAGGGGCACCAUGUCGCAGCAACAGCCUCCAGCCUCCCUCCACCCCGGCCCUGCCCCGACGCUACCUGCCGCCGCAGCCAAGGAGCUCCCCUGGAGUUGGCAGGAAGGAGUUUCAGAGGAGUUCAGAGGUCACUCGUUCCCUCCCGUCCUCCCCGAAGAGGCUGGCGGUGGUUCCCCCCAAACCUCAGUCCCCAGUCCAGUCUGGGCAGCGGCCUGCGGCGGCGGUGCGAGGGUCAGCUCCCUUGGGGUCCCCUCGCCGUGUGGCCCCCCUGAGGCUGCAGCAAGAACAGCAGGAGAGCCUGCAGAGAGAGAAGGAGGAGGUUCAGAGGCUGCAGGGACGUUGUGAGCAGCAGGAGAGGCAGCUGAAAGCGCUACGAGAUGAACUCAGGAAGACUUCUCUGGGUUUAGAAGCCUUCAUCAUUACCACUCAGCAUUAUUGCCUCAAGAACAAAACUACAGAUGAAAAUCAAAGACAACUGUCCCUGGAAAUGCAAAAGAUCAGAGAGGAAAUGGCAUCCAACUCGGUGCGUUGGGAGAGACUCCAGCGAGAAAAAACAGCACUGGAGGUGGCGUUUGAGCGCGAGCUGCAGGAGCUUCAGCUGCAGCAGGAGGCUGAGCUGGCUGCUGUGGAGGAAGGGCUCCGGAAGUGUCACUCAGCAGAGGCAGAGCACCUGAAAGCAGAGCACCGGUCAGAGAUGGAGGAACUGAGGACUCACCAGCAGGAGCUGAUGGAGGAGAUGACAGUCGGCCACCAGGCAGCCAUUCAAGAGCUCAGAGACAUGCAUAACAUCACCAUGGCAACGUUGCAUGAGGAGCAUGCCCGUACAAUGAGAGACUUAAGGAAAGCUCACGAGCAACAGAAGAUGCUUCUGGAAGAGGACUUUGAGAAACUGAGGCUUUCUCUACAGGAUCAAGUGGAUACUCUUACAUUUCAAAACCAGAGUCUGAGGGACAAAGCCAAACGCUUUGAGGAGGCUUUGAGGAGGAGUACGGAUGAACAGAUAGUUGAUGCGUUAGCUCCAUACCAACACAUUGAGCAAGAUCUGAAGAGCUUGAAGGAGGUCGUGGAAAUGAAGAACCAGCAGAUACACCAGCAAGAGAAGAAGAUCACGGACCUGGAGAAAGUGGCCCAAAAGAAUGUGUUCCUCGAGGAGAAGGUCCAGGUUCUGCAGCAGCAGAAUGAAGAUCUGAAGGCUCGUAUUGACAUGAACCUGGUCUUGUCCAGGCAACUGUCGGAGGAGAACGCCAACCUCCAGGAGUCCGUCGAGAAGGAGAGCACCGAGAAGAAGCGCCUGAGUCGUAACAACGAGGAGCUGCUGUGGCGUCUCCAGACCAGUCCUCUAAUGUCCCCCGCCUCCUCCCCGCUGCACCGCUCCUUCUCUACCUCCCCCGUCCCCUCAUCCCCGCUAUUCUCCUCCUCACCUGUCGCAGGCCACACCGACGCACAGGGCGCCGGCCAGUCGCUGUAA